GCUAUCUAUGGAGGUCCAUUACCAGCUUUCUCUUUACCAGAGCCUGAGAACAGCUUUGAUAACAAUGGGAAAUAUAUUGGGCAGAUCAUCAUCAAAGAUUCAGAUUUUGUGGAUUCUCCAAGGAAGGAUGCAGUCAGAGGAUACAAUGUCCCUGAUCAAACAUCUGUGUCUACAGAUAAAAUGGCUGUUCCACAACCUACUGUUGCUCCAAAAGUCAAGGUUACUUACACAAAUGAGGUAAAUGUCAUAUGGUAUUGUAUUAUGUAUAUUUACUUAGCACUGUUGUGUUACUAUUUCCUGAAAAAAAUGCCAUAUACAUGUUUUCGUUUUUAA